AUGUCAAGGGCUCCAUCAGAUACAGAUGCACAUAGGAUGCAGGUGAACAAUGUGACUGAAGUCACUGUGUUUAUCCUAUUGGGAUUCACAGACGAUUUUAACAUGAACGUCAUUUUAUUUUUCUUAUUUCUUGCCAUCUACCUUUUUACUCUGAUAGGAAAUUUGGGAUUGGUUGUAUUGGUCAUUAGCGAUUCCCGGCUCCACAACCCUAUGUACUAUUUCCUGAGUGUAUUGUCCUUGCUGGACGCCUGCUUUUCUACAGUACUGACCCCCAGAAUGCUGGUCAAUUUCCUUGCGAUGAAUAAAUCCAUUUCACUUGCUGAAUGUGCAGCGCAGAUGUUUCUCUCUACUACCUGUGGUACCACGGAAUGUUUCCUCUUGGCUGCGAUGGCUUAUGACCGCUACUUAGCCAUCUACAACCCACUUCUGUACACAGUGAGCAUGUCUCCCAGAGUCUACGUGCCGCUUAUCAUGGCUUCCUAUGCUGGUGGAAUUCUGCACGCUACGAUACACACAGUGGCCACUUUCAGCCUUUCUUUCUGUGGCUCCAAUGAAAUCAGGCAUGUCUUCUGUGAUAUCCCCCCAUUGCUUGCUCUUUCUUGUUCUGACACCCACAUCAACCAGCUUCUGCUCUUCUACUGUGUGGGCUCCAUAGAGAUAGCCACCGUCGUGAUCGUCCUGGUCUCCUACGGUUUCAUCCUAGUGACCAUUCUGAAAAUGAAUUCAGCCGAAGGGAGGAGAAAAAUAUUUUCUACCUGUGGAGCUCACCUAACUGGAGUGUCCAUUUUUCAUGGUACAAUACUCUUCAUGUAUGUGAGACCACGUUCCAACUAUACCUUAGAGCAUGACAUGGUAGUGUCAACCUUUUACACCAUUGUGAUACCCAUGUUCAAUCCCAUCAUCUACAGUUUAAGGAAUAAGGAUGUAAAAGACGCAAUGAGAAAGUUAUUUGAGAGAAAUUGUUUCAUAAAUAAAAUGCACUUUAAAAACUGA